AGGAAUUACAAAACAAGGAGGAAAUACAUUACAUUUCCUUUAAGCAAAGAAGAGGAAGAGUUUCCUCUGGCUUACUCCAUCGUUGUUCAUCACAAGGUGCAGAACUUUGAAAGACUGCUCCGAGCCAUCUAUGCACCUCAGAAUUUUUAUUGUGUUCAUGUGGACAACAAAUCCCAGCCCUCCAUAAAAGCAGCCAUUGAGGGAAUUGUUUCCUGUUUCCCUAAUGUUUUCAUGGUUAGUCAGCCUGUGACUGUGGUCUAUGCUGCUUGGCCAAGGGUCCAAGCAGACAUUAACUGCAUGGCUGACCUGUAUAAAGUCAGUGCAGAGUGGAAAUACUUCAUCAACCUUUGCGGGCAGGACUUCCCUCUGAAAACCAACUUGGAAAUGGUAAGGGUGCUGCGCUCGCUGAAGGGCGCCAACAGCAUGGAGUCAGAAAACAUGCCUGAGGGGAAGAAGUGGAGGGUGUCAAAUGCUCAUGAAAUUGUUAAUGGAGAAAUCAAGUCAACAGGAAAGUCAAAGAGUCCACUACCCUUCAACCUGCCGAUUAAAUCAGGAAAUGCCUACAUUGUGGUAACUCGGGGCUACGUCCGCAGUGUUUUGAAAGACACCAGAGUAAAUACUCUUAUUGAGUGGAGCAAAGACACCUAUAGUCCUGAUGAGUUUCUGUGGGCGACCAUUCAGCGAAUGGCUGGCGUACCGGGGUCAUCGAGACCCCACUCCAAGUAUGAUCAGACGGACAUUAAUUCCAUUGCAAGGCUGGUGAAGUGGGCGUAUCAUGAGGGAUCAGAGCAUUCAGCUGUAUAUCCUGAGUGUCAUGGCAACCAUGUAAGAGCCGUAUGUGUAUAUGGAGCUGGGGACCUACAGUGGUUACUAGAGAACCACCACCUCUUUGCAAACAAGUUUGACACAUACAGCGAUCCCAUUCCAGUGUACUGCUUAGAGAAACAUCUCAGGCAGAAAGCUCUGAUAGAAUCAGAAAUUGAAGAUACCUUUUUGUUUACAUAGACCACAUACAAAAUAAGUGCUGAAGGUACUUACCUGUGUCCCACUGUAAUACUCCUCUCCCUGCUUGUCAAAACUGAUCAUGUAUCAAAUCAUUUUAUCCACAUUAAUAAAGGAAUCUAUUAGAUAAUUUUUGUUUAAGAUCAGAUUGAUGGAUUUUUAUUAUACCUUGGCAGGAGGUCCCUAGAUUAAUCCCCUUGGUAAAGGUCUUAAAUACUUAUCAAAAUUGAUACUUUUUGGUUUAGUUGAGCCAAUUAGUGUUCAGGCUAUUACCCCUUAAAGAUUUGAAAAUAACAGGUUGGGGGAUAUGAAUGAUUUACUAAAUUCCUGAUGUUUGUGAUUUGGCCUAGAAUUCUUGACAUGCUGAAGUGGGACAACACACCUGGUGUGGCAGACAGAGAUUAUGGACAACUUACUCUCUGAUCUCAGAUUUUUAACAAAAGGCACAACAAACCCCAUAUUUGAAUUGCAAUGACCAUGUUUUGAUUUUCAUUUCAUAGGAAACAGGACCACCGCUGUCCAGUGACCAUUGUUUGAAAGAAGACAUAUGCUCAACAGUUCGUUAGACUAGGC